CCCAAAGAUGAAGCCGAUUUAACAGAUGAAGGUGGUUGUGGGUUUCGGAAGGGUCUCGUAGCUGACCAACGUGGAAAUAAAUGUCAAUCCAAAAACCGAAUCAAGCACGAAUUAGCACACGUCCUAACACGACGGCCCGUUUUGUUUAAUUUCCAAGGAAAAUCAAAUUAACAUGUCUCCUCCAAAAGGAAAGCAAGGGACAAAAGGUCAAAAGCAGAUAGUCGAAGAAAAUGCGGAAACUAUGAACUUCUACCGCACAAUGGUGCUUGGUGCGACUGGCAUCUACCUGGCCGUAAUGUUCAUAUUCUUUGAGUUUUUCACCUUUUUCAAUAUAGUUAUGUUUAUAAUUUCAUCUGUGGCUUAUUUAGGGAGCCUGCAAUUUAUGGCACAUAUGGCUAAACCAACUCUGGGUGACAAAGGCCAGGUUGUUGAUUCUGGCAUAGAUCUUAACAUGGUCGGCGGAAUUGCCGAGCAUUUGAAGGAUAUGAUUAUAUUGACUUCAGGAUCACAACUUCUUUCCCUUAUAUCUAAUUAUUUUUGGCUUCUGAUGUUAUUGGCACCGGGGAGAGCGCUGUACUUUGUUUGGGUGAACAUUUUGUCAGUGUACUUCUUCCAAGAAGCACCGUCACAGGAGAUGGACGAGAAAAAACAGAAGAAACUAGAAAGGAGGAUGAAAAGGCAACAGCACUGACUUUCUUGAAAGGAAAUAAACUAGGUCAGAAACAAAAUGGUUGAUAUUUAAAAACACAAAUGUCAAGCCGUUCACUGUGUCCUCUGCCAGAGUUUGUCCCUCACAGUUUUAUUUUAUUCGCUCGAGCUCUCCCUACGAGGAAACAAAAAACAAAAAAAAUGAAAAGAUCGAAGGAGGAACAUUAGUGAGCUGAUUUUAUAUAUAAUAUUUUACUGAGGUUUUAUUGAGAAACAA